GCAUGCGCACACACGCUCGUAAGAAGGCCGGGAGUUCGAGGUGGACGAUGGCGGAGCUGGGUGAGGCGGACGAAGCGGAGUUGCAGCGCCUGGUGGCAGCCGAACAGCAGAAAGCGCAGUUCACGGCACAGGUGCAUCACUUCAUGGAGCUAUGCUGGGAUAAAUGUGUGGAGAAGCCAGGGAAUCGCCUAGACUCUCGCACUGAAAACUGCCUCUCUAGCUGUGUGGACCGCUUCAUUGACACUACUCUUGCUAUCACCAGUCGCUUUGCCCAGAUUGUACAGAAAGGAGGGCAAUAGGCCAUCCCUUGGGAGAAUGACAGAAGAAACAAAGGACUUGUUAGAGCAGAUUGAUGGGCCACUGGGGGAAGGUCGGCAGCCCAUUGUCAGGUGAACUUGAGGCUGUUACCAAGCCUGUUGGUGCUAAAAAGUCACAGAUCAAAUGUUCAAAAAGUGAAAUUUAUUUAUUUGGAAUUCAGAAAUUCCAUGUUGUAUCACAACAGUUGCUCAAUAAAUGUGAAUUCUCCAACUCUUUUUUUUUAACCCCAUUUUAGGAUUUAAUAUAGAGAUCUCUGAUGGGCAGGAACACUAGAAACAAGUGUGUUCCAAGACCAGUAGUGCAAAUGAGAUCUUGGGUUUUGAAGGGCCAUCCUAAACCACUAAUUAAGGGGGCUAGAAGAACCAUCAAAACCUUAGCCUAAGGUAUAGAAGAGAAAUUGGGGUUGAGAAGGGUGAAGAACAGAAAACAGCUUUAUUGCUUAUACAUGACCACGAAAAGGUAAACAUGGCAAAAAAAAAAAAAAAAACCCCAAAAAAAACCAAAACAGGCAAGAUGUGUAUUCUUGGGAUAGAAAUAGGCCUGCUAGUAUGGGAGAAAGGGAAGGUCAAGCCCAAAACAGAACCAACUUCCUGGAGAUGCCUUGUUCCACUGGCCCAUCUUCCUGAGUCUGUGCUAAAAUCAAUACUUUUACAGCACAGAAACAAUGCUUCAAAAAAAUACAUGAAGACUCCUUCCAACAAAGAUUUCACUUACUUCAAGAACAAAACAAUUGCUUUAGGUUAAGAGGUAGUAAUUACAGACGUCCUGCCCUCCCACCUGUGGGCCCCCACUAAUCCCAAAGGUAAAAAUAUACGCCAUGGAACAAUGACAGUUGAGUACCAAAGUAUUAAUAUUUCAAGUAAAUAUCCUCAAAGGUAGCACCUGCUUAUAAUCAAGGGAUGAGAACCUCCAGCCAACCAUGUAUUUUGUGACUAAGCACUUUAUUAGAUAUCUGUUCUGGAAAGAACAAAUUUAGUAGUUAGAACCACAAAGUAUUACCACCUCAUGGAAUGUUGUUAUAGUUCUAUUCUAUUGCUGGUGUCUUAACACUGUCAUGCUACCAUGAAGUAUUUCUGUAUUCUACAUGGGGAAGGUAAGGCCAGGAAGGUUAACUUACCUGUUCAGACCUUAUAACUAGUUAGUGGCAGAACCAAGACCAAAAGUCUGGGUUUUCAAGUUUUCUACUCAGCCGAUGAAGUGACAACCAGGAAAAACAAUGUCACUUGACAUUCCGUGAUAAUGAAAAAACUCACCUGUGUUCUACCAGCUUUUUUUCAGUGAUAUUUUGUUUUUUUUUAAGAAUUAACAGUAGG